AUGGAGCCUUCAGAUAUUUCAAGCAUUUCUUGUCUCAUAACUUCUUCAUCUACUAACCACAAUGAUAUCGAGCCACUCGAUCUCUUUCCAGGCACUAGUCAUAAUCCUCGUGACCCUAUACCAUUUCUGAGCUCCGUAAUUAAUUCUCCAGAGGUAUCAUUCAGUCAUCAAAAUCUUAAAGCAAGCAAUGAAGACAUGGAUGCAGAUGUUAUCGUGGCCUUGCGGAUUGGCCUUCCUGAUUAUUCCCAUAGCUCCACGAAUCAAAAUGUUAAGGGAAAUGCCAUUGUAGCGGCUAAACAAUAUUGGAUACCAACUCCUGAGCAAAUUCUUAUCGGCUUUACUCAUUUUUCUUGUCAUGUCUGCUUUAAGACUUUCAACCGCUACAACAAUCUUCAGAUGCACAUGUGGGGUCAUGGAUCACAGUAUCGCAGAGGACCUGAAUCGCUGAAGGGAACACAGCCACGAGCCAUGUUAGGCAUUCCAUGCUACUGUUGUGUUGAAGGGUGCAAGAACAAUAUCGAACACCCAAGAGCAAAGCCCCUAAAAGAUUUUCGAACAUUGCAAACACAUUACAAGAGGAAGCACGGGCUUAAGCCGUUCAUGUGUCGCAAGUGUGGAAAAUUCUUGGCUGUUAAAGGCGACUGGCGAACGCACGAGAAAAAUUGCGGCAAGCGUUGGCUUUGUGUUUGCGGCUCUGACUUUAAGCAUAAGAGAUCACUCAAAGAUCACAUUAAAUCAUUUGGCUUAGGCCAUGGUCCUUUUCCCCCUUCAUUUGAUGUCGUCGAGCUACUUGAUGAUGUUUCAUCUCCUCCUAUUUAA